CCCCAAGCUCGGUUCCUGCGCCCUCAUUGGACAACGUGAGCGGGGGUGCUCUGCUGCGCACUCGUUGCCUGGAUACGCCCUUUGGCGCCUCGCUGUUGGUGAGGCGUGGGGAAGAAUGUGCGUCUGAUGGAGGGGAAAUCAGCCUUUCUAUUGGUCAACACCAGGAGGCCCCGCCCUUGAAGCAUUUUUAACCAAUGGAAGUGCAGCAUUCUUAAUUUAAACUCUCUAUAAAAACCGGUUUGGUCAACGCUUAGAGUGGCGCCAGAGUUUUGAACGGCGCUUUUGGGAUUGGACGGCGCUUCUGGGAUUGGACGGCGCUUCCUCUGCGCGGUCACCUGGACUGCAGCUCGCCAUGACCGUCCCCUCCUUGGAGGAGUUGGACUCCUUCAAGUACAGUGACCUGCAGAACUUGGCCAAGAGUCUGGGCCUCCGAGCUAACCUGAGGGCAGACAAGUUGUUAAGAGCCUUAAAAGCCCACCUUAAAAAUGAAGCAAGAAAAGAAAAUGAGAAUCAGGAUGAAAUUCCACUUUCUGCAUCCUCUUGUGACAAGACUGAGAUACAGAUCGGCAGCCAGGAACAAGCUGAGAGGGAGGUGACAGGCCACGUCACCAAAAUGAGGAGAAGGCGCAGGACGGCCCUCAGGAACCCUGGCUCCCAGGAUCAUUCAGAGAUGAAAAUAUGUGACCUGACUGAAUUCCAGAAUCAAGAAAAGCAGGAAAACCAGGCUCUCAGCACUGCUGUAGAAGUUCCUUCUCCAACAGAUGAAAGUCAAAGAGAUGAAAAUGCAGUGUCCUCAGGAAAAAGUGAAAUAAAUGGUCAUGAAGAUUCAAAAGUACCUUCAGAAAGAAAGAAGUCUCUUUAUACAGAUGGGUUUUCCAAAUCUGGAAAAAAUAAAAGAACUACCAGCACUACUCCAAACUUUAGGAAGCUUCAUGAGGCUCGUUUUAAGGAAAUGGAGUCCAUCGAUCAAUAUAUUGAGAGAAAAAAGAAACAUUUUGAAGAACACAAUUCAUUUAAUGAACUGAAGAAGCAGCCCGUCACUAAGGAAGUGGUGGCAACUCCACUUCCUCUCCCAGGAAAGCCCUCUGUGGCCUGUACCCCCGCCAGCCAGCGGCACUCUCAAGGCCGGCCUCACGCGGGUCGGAGCACCCUGUGUGGGAAGGGCUCGGCCAAGCGCUCCGCUCUCUCAGCAACUAAAAUGAAUGUCAGGUUUUCAACCGCUACCAAAGAUAAUGAGCAUAAGCGUUCACUGACCAAGACUCCAGCCAGAAAGUCUCCACAUGGGAUCACAUCUGGGAGUACCCCAAAAGGCCAGACUGGGCUUGGGACACACAAGUUAAAGACCACAAGGGGUGAUUCUGCUGCUGUUAUUACCCCAUUCAAGUUGACAGCGGAGGCAGCGCAGACUCCGAUCUCCCAUAGAAAACCAGUGUUUGAUCUCAAAGCAAGUUUGUCUCGUCCCCUCAACUAUGAGCCACACAAAGGAAAACUGAAACCAUGGGGACAAUCUAAAGAAAACAGUUGUCUGAAUGAGCGUGUAAACAGAGUUAGCUUCCACAAGAAAACUUAUAAACAACCUCCUCGUCUCCAGAUCAGGGAGGAGCAACGGAAGAAGCAUGAGCAAGAACGAAAGGAGAAGAAAGCCAAGGUUUUGGGAGUUCGAAGAGGCCUCAUUAUGGCUGAACAUUCAUAAUUUAACAUCUUGUAAAUAUUCCUUUACUCUGACCCUUUUUUUGUAAAUAUUUUUGUACUGUCCUCUCACUUUAGUCAAAAGACCAUUUUCUGCUCUUAACUUUGUUCAUAUACAUGUAGUGUCAGUGGCUUCUUCACAUGCUAUAUCCCUGAAAAGACAUUAUUAUCUUUAAAACUCACAAACUCUCUUUGAAAUAGUUUUUACCUAAGCCCCUGUACAACUAACUCAGUUUUCUAAAGAGACUCACCCUAUAGAUUCUUGACUUAGAUUUUUAAUGUCAAAUUCCCUCUGCUAGCUCUAAUACUAGCAGAACUUCAGUCUUCUAGGCAAAAGCAUUUAACUGAUGGUAGCUAAUUAUACCUCAAGCUUCAGGAGAAAUUGAACAAUAAGGUUAUGAAUAGGGAAAGGCCACCUCUUUAUUCUCUAAUCUGAUAGUUCCAGUGGAACGAUGGGCUGCAUGGGUUGGUAUGACAUCAAUAUUUUACCUAUGUUAAAUGUUUUGUUUCAGCUUCUAUUUACCUUUGUUCAGAUCACUUCAUGUACCUGUCACCUGUCACUCAGUAUAUUCUUAAGAAAAACUCUAUAGCUCAUUCUAGCCUUGCUUGUUUAAAAAUAUACAGGGCCAUAUUCAAAUCUGAGGAUUUCUGCUUUAAGGAUUGUUGUGCUCUGUCAAACUUAUAUCUUACUCAAGUUAUGGAGAAGACUAGAGUUACUUAGCAUCAUAUCCAUGUUUGUUGCACCUGAGUGGAGCCUUAUGCGUUUUGUACUGCUUAAGAUUUUCAUAAAUAAAAAUUUUUCUCAUGG